ACACUCGACCAGAGUGGAAAUACUAUCCUUCUUUCUCCAUCAGUUAUAUGUGACCUGUAUUGAAUAUUCAUUCUCCUUGUAAAACUGAGCUAAUCUGAAGGUGCAUUUUAUUGCUUUCUCAGUGUUGUUUUCUUUUCGUGGUUUUGCCAGCACAAAUCAGACCUAAGACGUUCUUUGCUCAGAUACCAUAUAGCUGUCCAAGUUUGUCCCUUAAUGUCCCUGAAUCUGUGGUACUAUGGUGUGUCUUGCAGAUCCAGCAGCUCGCCAGAGAGCCCGAAGAGACAUUAAGGAAAUGAUUGACAAGCGGUUAACUUACCGUAAAGAAGUCUUGCUUCAUGACGAGAUUCCCCCUAUACCCAAUGUGAGGAGAACUCCUAAGGAACUUUCCAGAAGUCCAGUUUACAAGAGAACAAAGACCAUGAUACCGAGGAGGAUCAACAAAAUCCUCAUAAACAGGAGCAGACAGGUCUUCAACGAAACAGCAGCAUCACCAGAAUCAGAAAAGCCUUGCGUAGCCGUCUCGUCUGCCUAUUUGGAUAGUGACCAUGAUUUCGGGUACUACAACAGAUCGAAACGUAAAAAGAGCACCACUAUCCAAGACCUGACUCUUCAACUGAAGGAAACAAGACGGCUCCUUGACGUGCUGAAAGAAUCAGAGGUUUCUCAUCAUGAGGCAAUCAGUCACGAGAAACCAGUUAGGAGAAGAAUUGAUAUGGAGGUUCAAGGAGCUGGGAAGAUAGCUGAUUUUGUUUCAGCAAAAGAGCUUGAUUGCGAAUCAAUUGAAUCAGACUGGGAGGAUGAAUACAGGGGGAGAAUGAGAACUGGUGAUGACGACAAGUUUGACGUUAAGUCAUCUUAUCCGGAUGAGGAUUCGGAUCUUCAGGAGUUUGAAGAUUUGGAAGGAGCCGCAACAAAAACAAGUGUUUCUUCCGGUCCAAAGAACGAAUCAGACCCGUUUACGGACUCUGACAACAUGGACACUGGGGUCAGCUUGCAGGAGGAGCUGGACAUAUCAAAAGAGUAUGAAAGUGACGGAUUCUCAAUGUGCUCCGAGAAGAUCUCGCACGGGGAAGCUAGGAAGAUGCUAUCUGAAAGCGAGCAGAGGUUUUCAGCUAUCGUAGACUCUUUCGACCAGGUUGACCCUGAUGAUAGUUUCUUGGAGAAUGAGCUGCUGAUGCAGCAUGAAAAUAGUAGACUUGAGGAUAUCAUGUCGGUUCCUUCCUCUGUAGAAGAUCUGAGGUUUGAUAAGGAGGAACUCCCUCUCCUGGACACAGAAUCGACCGUGACUGAGAACGAGAUGAUGAUACCUGUGCGACAUGACCCUCAAGAGAGGCCAUCACUCAGAUUCUCAAAACAGUCUCAAGAACAGAAGGGACGGGUCAUGCACCCAACUCCAAUCAAACCCACUGUAAAAAAGACAUCACAACCCGCUAAAGCAAAGGAGAACAUUGAUUUUAAUAACUACGAGAACGACUUGAAUGAUAUUGAGAACUUGCUGUUUAAGUAUGAUGAAUAUAGAAUGGAUCAGGAAUUGAAGAAAACUGAUAAGAAGGCAGAUUUGGGAAAGAAAAAACUUGAGAAAACUGCUGUAGCAGGGACUGUCCAAACUAACAAUAAAGUAACGCAAGGACCUAUCAAAAAGAUAUCCGAUGGAAUCGGCAGUAAACUGAAAGCUCCUGCAAAGCCUAAGUCGACAGCUGUUGUAUCUAGUUCCAGUGGUAUGACAGGUGGAAUAAAGACGGGGAUCGCAAAAGGAGUCAAAACAAACACGGCAGUAAGGAAGCCACUCAUUGCACCGAAAAAGUUAUCUCCCACAAAAAUCAGUGCUAAGCCAUCACCGAUCAAACGUGCAGAAAAAACACCUUCCACAUCUCCGGUCGCAGUUAAAACUUUACCGAUAUCUUCGGAAAAGGAUGUAGCUAAUGAGGUGGACAACGCUGGAGCGAAACCAAAACCAGCAAGUCCUGGAAAAAGGACGUUGAUUGGAACAAAACCAACAGGAACAAAACCUUUGGUAAAACCAAAACCAGCGCCAAUUUCGAACAGGAUAGCCACAUCAAAAACAUUUACCUCAACAUCAAAACCGGUAGCGAAGGAUACCUCGGGACAAAAAAUUAAGAAAGCUGCGGUGUCUCCUAAUAAGGUAAUGAAAAACUCUAAAGCUGUAUCUCCUUCUAAAGGUCCAAUAACGCCUUCGUCAACGAAUGCACUAGUUUCUUCGAAAACUGCUUCAGCAAAAACGUUUGAGAAAAAAUCAUCGGAUGUUAAAGAAACUUCGUCGCCAGAUAAAGUAGAAUCGAAACCAGCUCCAGUCGCCAAAACAAAACCAUUAAUAUCCUUUAGGGCAUCGCCUCCGAAAACCUUGACGAAAAUUCCAGCUUCCGGUAUUGGCACUUCAAAAGGAAAUUAUGUAAGAAGUGCAAUGAUGGCGACGGCAAAAUCCCCAAAAUCACCAGCCACCAGUGUGUCAGUUGAUAAAGACGAUACUUUCAAAACAUUUAACGAAGAGAGUAAGACUGUGCCUCCCAAAAAAGGAUUAAAAUCAUCACCAAUAAAAGUUCCUACCAAUAGCAAGCUUUCUCCCCCUAAAAGUAAACUUUUACCAGUAAAGUCUGCUCCUGUGGGUAAACCUACGAUUCCUAAAUUACCAUCCAAGCAAGGAACUCCGUCGGCCCCUUCAGCUAAAAAGUCGAAUAAUCUGCAGACAAAGCAAUCUGAAACACCCUCAAAAUCAGCUGCUGAUAAAUCAGUUACCAGCCCAAAGACACCUACCAUGACACCUUCAUUCGCAUCAAAAAAUAAUGUUGCGACAAAACCUUCAAUAGCGUCAAAACUGACUGCUACAGCAACUGCUUCAUCGAAAUCAAAAUCUUCCCCUAGGCCACCUCCAAGUUUAACCAAGAAUGGAUCUACAAAAAGUCCAUCAAAAUCCGUUGGCAUUGCCAAGCCAGCAGGCACGAUUUCAAAUUUAGCUAAAUCGUCACCCGACAAGAAAUCAGCGUCUAUAGCUUCAAUAAGUGGGACGAUUAAAUCAGCGGGUAUAAAACUUUCAAGUAAUCUUGCUGCUAAAGAAGUAUCAAAUCAGUCAACAAGAAAAUCUUUGGAGCCUUCAAAUGAUGUUAAGAAUACCACUAGUUCUCCAAAGCCCAUUUCGAUACCCUUUAAAAGUUCUCCUCCCAAAACCACCUCGGGUAAAAUAGCUCUCUCUAAAUCAUCUCCAGUUAAAACAUCUUCAACCAAAACAGCAACUCUAGUAGCUAAACAGUCUCAUACAACAACUUCUGAGUCACCGAAUUCUCAAAAGGAGCUAAAGAUUCCUCCUCCUAAAGCAACAUCAACUCCUAUCAAAAGCAGUGUACCGACCACUAAAAAAUCCCUUUCACCAACUAAAGCCACCACGAAAACAAUUCCAUCUCCAAAAACAACAGCUGUCACUAAAAAGACAGUAUCAGCGAUUAAGCCUAAACAAACUCAAUCCAGUGGGAGUACUGCGAGUAAGUCAGCAUCCAAAGACACUGUUAAGGAAGCUGAUAAAAGUUCACCAAAGUCUCCCGACAAAACAAUCAGCAAAAUACCCAGCCCUUCAAAAACUACUCUUAAAACAGGAGAUAAAACUAAAACCGGAGAUAAAACCAGUAAAACACCGGCCUUUAAACCUGAAGUUAGCCCUAAACCGAAGGUCCACACGAAAACCUCUCCAGUAAAGACGGUUCAGAGAACCUCUCCAGAGAAGACGGUUCAGAGAACCUCUCCAGAGAAGACGGUUCAGAGAACCUCUCCAGUGAAGACGGUUCAGAAACCAACGCCUGUAAUGAGGUUUUAGGAAAUGAAGACAGGAACUCCUACUCUUACUCUACCCUAGGGUGAGGUGGUGUGUGACGAUUUUUCUACUGCACGUGCGAGCGCACUAUCACGUGAUUUGUUUGCUACUUUAACAGCUUCACACUUUAACAGUUUACAAGUGUUUUUACCUUAUUUUGAAAAGGUACAUUUAGUGUUACAUGUGUGUUUUUAAACUGAGAUUAUUUUGAGAAUGAUGGGAUCAUGUUCCAUUUUGCAACCUUUUGUUUUUUGGUUGGAUUUUAGUUUGCAGUUUUGCUCACCGUGGGUCAUUUUUAUGGGCCGGGUAUAAACAAUUCAUGUGAUGAUGUUUGGGCGAAUAUUCAGGGUCAUGAGAUUUAUACCAUCAAGAUUAUUAUUUGUACGAAUUUGUAACCAUUAUUGUAAAUAUUUAUCCAUCGUUGAAUGCUAAUAAUGCACGGAUUUUCUAAUUUGUUUG